GAAUGGUCGCUUUACCCGGUUGGUGAUCGUACGAGUGCCCCGCCUAUCGUUCUGCAAGUUGUUCCACACGUGCUAAAACUAGCAUACGGGAAGCAGGGCGCCACAGGGAGCGUCGGGGCAGAGAGAAACCCACGGGUCGGCAACGAAUAUACAGUUCGAACGCAUGCACAUGCACACACGCAGCUGCAGCUGCGUGUGCACAAAAUCUCACUUGCGCGCCACAGGGUGGUGCGGCUCAAAACAACUUACACCACCACAAGUGGGAGAAGACAAAACACAUGCAUUCCUACCCACAAAAAUGCGCGUUCCUCCACAAUAGCUUUUGUGUAAAAGAUGUUAAAAAGAGUCCCCCACGGCACCUCUCUCCAGCCCUCCACAGCUGGACGACUCUGCGCCCUCUGUCCUAUAAAAAGAGUCUAAACGUACCCCACAUCCUAUAUCACAUUGCAUGCAUCCGACGUGUAUCAUGUUUUGGACGUAUUGCAAAUGCAUCCCCCUUAACCCCGGCGUCGUCGAGACAUUCUGACACAUUCGGAUAUUGUAUCCUCCAAAUGAAUCAGGGCGGCGUGUGGUGGCGUCACGUGGCGUGUUUGAAAAAACAACUGACCCCCAGAGGCUGUGUGGUGAAGGCUGUGGGUGCCUUGUCCUCUGCUGUCCCCUGCUCUCCCUUGCCCUUCCCUCCAUCCUUUGUGUUUGUUUGUGUGUGUGCCCUCUGCCUGUGUGCUCAUGUCUUCACGGACAUAUGUGUGUAUGUUGUGUAUGUAACAUGGGUCAUAACAUUUGGGGACACCUGGGAAUUGAACCCAGACCCACAAGAAGGUCCAUGGCGUAUCGUCGUGAAGAUCCAGUGCCGUUGUUGCAUGGACGCGAGGGACCACUGGCCGGGCAUGGCAUGCUCGUGCGGUUACCUUGGUUGGCGGUCAUGUCCACUCUUGGCCUGUGUAACCCGCUGCAUGGAGCCCUCCCGCGCAAGCCUGUGA